AUGAUAGAUAUAAAUAAAUGUAGUAGAACCAUAGUAGCAAAAAUAAUAAAAAAGACUUGUGAAGAAAAUAAUUUAGAUCUGAAACAGUGUCAGUUUUGGCUUACUGAUAAUAUGACAUAUAUGUUAAAAAAUAAAUCUGACACUAUUGUAGAAUUUAAUUU